AAUCAGAGCCCAGAUAAACUCAUAAUUCCUGUGGUGCAAAGAAAAAAAAUCUUGCUGAUUUAAUGUAAAAGCAGAACCCCUAAAACCUUCUAGUUUUUUAUCAAGACGGAUCGAAGAAAAAAUACAGAUUAACAUGGAUUCUAUGGAACUUGAUGAAUGCGGCUAUUUAACAAAGAACUUAACGAUGCAGGGGCUCGUCACUGAAGUGAACUUUCAACAAAGACAAAAGUCAUCCAGAUGCAUCACUGUGUGUCUUGGUUUGCUGUGCGCUGUCCUACUGGCCGGUAACAUUGGGCAAUUUAUCAACUAUGAGGUAUUGCCUGGUUUUUCAACAGAGAGCCAAACUAAAUCCAACCACCAGACUCAAGAGACAGAUCACCAUCUCUACAAGAAUAGCUCUCCCACUGACAGAGCCCAUGUCUAUACAAACACGCUUGAGGUGAUGUUGAAAAACCUGACAACAGACAAAGACCAGUUGCAGACCAACUACGAUUCUUUGGUAUCAGACAGAGAUCACCUUCUCGGCAGCAAAAUGGUUUUGACUGACGAAAGAGAUGAGUUGAGGGCCAAUUUCCAGAGUGUGAAGCAGGAGCAUGAUAAGUUGCAGACCAAUUACAGUCUCCUAAAUAGAGAGAAUGCUGUGUUACAUACCCUAAAUAGUGCUCUGAGGACAGACAAAGACCAGUUAUGGGCUAGUUAUAGAUCCCUCGUUCAGCAGAAAGACCAGUUACAAACCAGCUACAAUUCCCUUGUUAAAGAGCAGGAAGGUUUUCGAACUACUGUGGCUGCUGAAAGGGCUGAGUUGAAGUCCCACCUCAACAAACUAGAAAAGGAGAAAGACCAGUUACAGACCACUUAUGAGUCUCUUGUUAAAGAGAAAGAUGAGUUACAGACCGGUUACAACUUCCUCAUGACAGAGAGAGAGCUUCUGCUCACUUAUAAAACAAAUGUGACUGCAGAAAGAGAUGACUUCAAAUCCCGCUUUGAAAAUUUAAAAAAUGAGAAAGACCAGUUGCAACGCAGUCAGUCUUCACUGAGGAAGGACAAAGACCUGUUACAGGUCAGUUAUGACUCUCUGGUUCAAGAGAAAGAUCACCUUCAGGCGAGUAAAACCACCUUGUCCGCUGAAAGAGAUCUGCUGGGGUCUCGCUUGGACAGUCUGAAAAAUGAGAAAGAUCAGUUACAACGCAAUUACUCUUCAGUGAGAAGCCAGAAAGACCAGUUACGGGCCGGUUAUGAAUCCCUCCUAAAAGAAAAGGAGCUGUUACAAACCAGCUACAAUUCACUCGGUAAAGAGAAACAGAUCCUACUGACAAAUAAAACCACAUUGGCAACUGAAAGAGAUCAGUGCAUGUCCCGCUUUAAUGAUCUGAAAAGCGAGAAAGAUCAGCUACUACGCAGUUUCUCCUCAUUGGGAAGCGAGAAAGAUCAGUUACAGAACCGUUACGCAUCCCUGGCUCACGAGAAACAGAUACUAAUGACCAAUAAGACCAGAGUGGCUGCUGAGAGAGAUGUGGUAAAGUCCCUCUACAACGAUAUUAAAAAUGACAGAGACCAUUUACAGAGAAAUUAUACUUUGCUGGAGGCUGACAGGGACCUACUGGAAAGAAAUUACACAGUGCUGAGGAUAAGUAGUAGGAUGUGUCAGAUCACGAACAGUCUGCUGCAAAGACAAAAAACUCACGGUGACUGCAAGACUGUACGUGUUGAAAACGAGCAGCUCCGCAUAAAUCAAAGCAGCCUGGAGACACAAAAGUACGCGCUUCAGAAGACAGUGGACAAGAUGACCACCAAGAUGAGCACCAUGCUCUGUGGGGUCGGUUGGAAGAAGUUUGCCAGCAGCUGUUACUUUUUGUCAACCUUGAGUAAGAGCUGGGCUGAAGGCAGACAGGACUGCAUCAACAGAGGAGGCGAUUUGGUUGUCAUCAACAACAGAGAGGAACAGGUAUUCCUUAAUGGUUUAUUGGGGCAUGGCCUGCACGCAUGGAUUGGUCUGAGUGAUCAUAUCAAGGAGGGAACGUGGAUUUGGGUGGAUGGGACCCACCUCACUAUAGCAUUCUGGCAGAAUGGGCAGCCUAACAACUUCCGGAACCAGGACUGUGGUGAAUUCCAGGGCAAAUCAUUUCUAUCAUUUGGAGUCUGGAACGAUGACAACUGUUCCCUUAAUCAACGAUGGAUUUGUGAGAACUGAUGACGAUACUUAGCCUUAACCUGUUAGACUUAAUGGAUACCUGAUGACACUGCACAUCUUUUAUGUUGAAUUGCUUCAGACACACUUUCUUAGCUCGUUUGAUUAUUUCAGUCCUAUUUUAAUGAUUUCUAUGUGAAAAUGAAAAGCUGUAUUUGUUUGGGCACUCUCGUCAAAGGCUUCACAGACUCAUAUUCUAUUUACCAUUCAUGUAAAUAAAUAUAUACAAGGACUGGUUAAAUUUUGAACAGCA